AUGCGAGCGGUACUGCCGGGGAGACCCCCAGCGAAGCUCCAGUCGUUUAGCACGGCUCUGUGGGAUGGACUUCGUGUGAUUGCGUAUAUCUCUGGUCAGGCUCUGGUCAUCCUCGGCGGUCCGCAGACACUCCUGCAAACAAUCUACGUUGAUGAUACACAUAAGCUCGAGGCUGUAGCUUUUGAUGAAGCUUCAGGGAAGAUAGCUGUGUGCGGUGGGCCUGAUGUGUUUGUGUACCAGCCGUACGGUAUUCAAGGUGAAACCCUCAAGUGGUCCCUUGCCUAUACUUUCCGCGCCGAAGACGAUGACGAGCCGAUCUAUACCCUAUCAUGGGGCUCACCGAACGAGAUACUGCUAGGAAAUUCCCAAUUGAAACUGUGGAUUUUGGAAGAUACCCCGCGCCUAGUAUGGAAGACACAACUCGGGAGUCCGGUGAAAUUUGCGCAAUUCUCUCCGGAUGCUUCACUAGUGGUGACGGUUGGUCAAUAUGACCGUCUAGCCAAAAUAUGGAAACGACUUGCCUACGGUGCAAACGAGGUGCGGUUCGAAGUUUCAUACCUUCCGCACCCGAAUAUAGUUACUGGGAUACACUGGAAGUUACCAUUUCACCGAGAGAAGUCAGAAGAUAAUGUUCUCUACACCCUGUGCGCCGACAACAGGAUCCGAGUGUGGGCUGUGACGGACAUUCAUGCUCUUUCAGCGUUGCAGCUCUGGACAGAAAUUGAUAUGAAUCGAUCUGUUCAGCCUAGAGACGCGCCAUGCAUGGAAAAGGGGCUACCGAGAAGAUACGGCUUCUUUUUGGACUUUCGAGAUUUCUGUGCCGUGACCGAGCGAGCCGUCCAAAGAAGUUCAGAGCCGAAGAGAAACAAUACAUUGGAACUUAUUAUUGAGGUUGCAAAAAGGAGCCCGGAAAUCUGUCUGGUGACUGAUGGCCGAGGCCAUUUGUCUGCCUGGGCUUUGGAAGACGUCGGCAAACCGAAAACCAAUUCAAGCGUUUUCAACAUUCUUCAUGUUGAGGGUUUGAAAUUUGGGUUCAUGUCUCAUCUGUCACCGGAGGAAGACUAUGCUCAGAUCCGGAUUUUCCAAAACAAUAUGUCCGAUGAAAAGCUGAGCAUUGUUAUCCACCACUUUGACGGUCGAAUUGAGUGGUAUGAUUCAUCAGUGGAUGUACUUUUUGAUCCUGCGCCUCGGAAAAAUCGAAUCACUCCAAGAGCAUCUUGGUCUGGUCAUACUGAUCCUGUGAAGAAGAUCAUUCGAAAUGCGCUUGGUGAUACGCUUGUUUCGCGGACUGACGAGAACAAGGCCACGAUUUGGAGACAGAAGAGUGGGUCAAUGCUUAUACAUAAAAGCUCCCUGAGCUCUGAUGAGCACAUUCAUCGGACAUGUAUCAUUGAGAAUAGCACUUUCCUGGUCAACCUCCAUCACAAUGGAGUUUCUUUGUGGGAUUUCGGUCAUUUUCAUGCAAAAGAACUUGCUUCUCUACCGUUUACAUUAUCAAGCAAGCCACUAUGUGUGCUUCAACUUCCAACCCCAGACGACAAUCCAAGCAUUGCCUAUGUGGCAGCUAUCGGGGCCGACAUGCAUGGAAUAGCGUGGGAGAUUCAAUGGCCCACCCAAAAUGGUCAGAACUCCACUGAUGGGGCCGUUAUACGAAAGUUUUGUACCUUCGAUAUGGGCCUGAAUGAAGACUUGGCCUACAUUCUGCCCGUAGACCCUGCAGGACCAAAAUCGAAACGCUCUGGCUUCUUCGAUGCAUUCUCCCCCGAUAUUGCCCUUUCUUAUACCUACGAUGGCACUUUAAGGACGUGGACUGCAAGGUUGGAGCAAGAAAACACCAAGGUGGAAUGGUUACUAAAGUCGACCGUGGAAACGGGCAUCGAGAAUAUAUCGUUGGCUAGUGGUAGCACCAUUCGCAAAGCCGCGAUUGUCGAUGCGGACCGAACUCACUUGACAAUCUGGGAUACCAAUAAUGCUCAGCUAGAAUUUGAGGAGCAUUUUGCUCAAGGUGAUAUUAUUCGGGAUCUUGACUGGACAUCGACCCCAGAUAAGCAGUCUGUUCUAGCUGUCGGGUUUCCCCACAAGGUUAUUCUGCUAUCUCAACUUCGGUACGACUACCUUGACUCCCAACCUUCAUGGACCCAAAUUCGGGAGAUCUGGAUUCGAGAUCUCACACCUCAUCCCAUUGGUGACUCUUGUUGGCUCACCAAUGGUCAUCUGGUUAUCGGUGCUGGCAAUCAGCUGUUUGUUUAUGACAAGGAAAUUGAUACCUCGGAUCACCUUAUUUCCGGACUACGCAUUCCGUCCCAUGGAUUAUCAUCUGUGGAUGUUUUUGAUGUCGUCAGUCGUUUAAAUGGCCCACUGCCUAUCUUCCAUCCGCAAUUCUUAGCACAAUGUAUCCUUGCUGGGAAAACUAGCUUGGUGCAUUCUAUUCUGUUGACUUUACAUCGCAAACUUAAGUUCUACACCGAGGGAGAUGGCCUCGACGGCUUCUUAGACAUGCCACUUGAGCACUUCUAUGAAGAAAAAGAUAUGUCUCGAUUAGAGGCCUCGAAAGAGAUGCGCUCUUCAUAUAUCGACACCACACUUGAUGAUGAGCUAUCUUCUGUUGUAGAUGAGAACAUCGCAGUGGCUCUCAAUGAAAAUCUCGCACGAAUUGCGAUACCCCAACUAUCUAGCCAUGAACAAUUCCGUCUCGUGGAUACCAUUGAAUGUGUUGCAAUGGUAGAAAAGCACAGACGCUCAAUGGAUGACAAUGCCGCACGAUAUUUCCUUUUCUUUCGCCAGCACACGCUGAGAAAGAGUCAAGGUGUAGCGAACAAAGACAGAGUCUCGUGGAGAGAAAUUGUGUGGGCCUUCCACAGUGGCAGUCAGGACAUACUCACAGAUCUUGUCUCGCGUCAGUUCCAUGGAAAGUUGACAUGGAAAGCUGCGAGAGAGAGUGGCAUAUUCAUGUGGCUGUCAGAUCCAACAGCACUGAAAGCACAACUGGAAGUCGUCGCUCGAAACGAAUAUACCAAAACUGAGGACAGAAACCCCAUUGAUUGUUCUUUGUACUAUCUUGCCCUUGGCAAGAAAAGCAUCCUGCAGGGUCUGUGGCGGGUUGCGCACGGAAAUCGUGAACAAGGCCCCACGCAGCGAUUAUUGGCAAACGAUUUCAAGGAAGCACGAUGGAAGACGUCUGCGUUAAAAAAUGCAUAUGCAUUGCUUGGUAAACGACGAUUCGCCAAAGAAUACGCUGCAGCAUUUUUCCUCCUCGCUGACCAUCUACGUGAUGCUGUCAAUGUUAUCGUUCACCAGUUGAGUGACCUUCAGCUUGCAAUCGCUAUUUCCAGAGUUUAUGAAGGAGGAAAUGGCCCAGUUCUUCGAGAUCUCUUGCAGGAGGUAGUUCUACCCGAAGCCGCAUCUGGAGGAAAUCGAUGGAUGGCCUCGUGGGCCUUCUGGAUGCUUGGACGUAGAGACAUGUCAGUGCGGUCACUAAUCUCACCGAUCGAGACCUUGCUUUUACCAACCCCAGCCUCUCCUGGGACCCCAGGCCGAGUCACUCUCCAGUCUAGAUCCUAUCUAUCCAACGACCCUGCUUUGGUCGUCCUCUACCAGCAACUCCGUGAGAAAACCCUACAAACUCUGAAGGGGGCCUCACAAGUUCGCCCACGAGAGGAAUGGGAGUUUGUACUCCGUAACGCACGCCUUUAUGACCGAAUGGGCUGCGACCUUCUAGCCCUUGACCUGGUACAUCGAUGGGAAUUCCUAGCCGCCGCGCCCAACAUGCAGACGCUGCAAUCACAGUCUGUUAUUAGGCUAGAUGGCGAUGGAGUUUAUUACAGGAAGUUGCUCCGCCGGCGAAGCAGCCUUGUUGUUGCCGAUCUACCAGUACGGCCGACUAACCUGAUGGUUGUGAACGAGACUGAGAUCACCCAGACGGAUGGUGCUGAUGAAGCUGAGAAACAGAAACAGCGUCAGAAGCCGAAGCCACCUCCAACAAUGUUCCAUGAACCUGAUAGCAACUCGCUUCUUGAUAGUUUCGGGUUCUAA